AUGGCUGCCGAAUCACGCAUCGCGCUUAUGAAAGAGCGAUUUUAUAGGACUUUGGCUUCAUUAAGAAAUUUAACAAACGCUAUAAACACUGCUUUUAUUGAAGAUGAACGUUACAAAGAGUUAAUUGAAGAAUUAGUAAUCGAUGAAGUUUUGGCCGAAAUGAAUAAGUUGAUACCAAAUAAAACGGAUACAGAUCAACCAAAUUUUAUUGAACUUCAAGUUACCCAAGCAGAAACUAAAAAUAUUAAUGAUUUGUUGAACGCUGAGAUUUCUUUUUCUUGGACUGCACCUCAAACAAAUUCGACGCCUCUUGUUGACACCAAAACAAGCGAUUCCAUUGCCAUGGUACACUGAUAGUGAUAUGACCGCACACCACGAGAAAAACCAAAAACAUAGAGCAAGAUUAGUUUUAACUCAUCGAUGUGACGUACAAAACAAUAAAAAAAUAUCAAAUAAUACUCAUGUUAUUAAUGAAAAAAACUCGCAUACCGGUACCAUGAAAAGUUACGAACCUGAACCAGGAUGUUCUACACAGAUAGAUGUUAAAAUUGAUAAAUUGUUGAGACUUCCAGAAAGUAAAAAACUACAAAGUUAAGCGUUCUAAGUCUCCAGGACAAGGGUUUAAACUUUUUAGAAGUUAUAGCUAAGGAGCUAUAACUUCUAAAAAGUUUAAAGAAUACUUAGAACGGAAGGAAAUGGAAAAGACAUAAAAAGAAAAGGGUAUAUUGGAUCGAAAAAUACAGCGAGAGCAAAUUAAGAUGGAAAAAUUAAGAAAAGAUAACGAGAAAAAAAAACAGACGGAAGAAUCUUGUGACUAAACCAAAGACUAAAGAAACAAAUGUUGAAGCAAUUAUUAUAAAUGAACGUGAAAGACUGACUACAAAUAAGGAAAAUAUCGAUUUAAAUAGUUAUAUUGUAGUUGAAUUUGAGACAAAUAAAAGAAAUCACUAUUAUGCUGGACAAGUGCUAAUGUGCGACUACGAGAUAAAAAUAGUCAAGAUUAAGUGUCUACGAAGGAAAGCAAGUAAAUUUGAUAACCUGACAUAUUUUGUUGAACCGUCUACCGAAGAUUUGACAGAAGUAUCAAUGUCAGCUAUAACCAAGAUAUUGCCAUAUCCUCGAGUUUGAAGAAGAGGAGUGAUUACUUUUGAAAAUUAUGAUCUCAAUAUGUGCGAAUAAUUUUUAUUACAACGAAAUUUUUUAUUUUUAAUUGAUGUUAUACUAGUUUUAAGUUAGAGUUUUAAAAAGUUCCACUACCUUUCUACGUCUAGUGCUUUCCUGGUUUGUUAAUAAGGUGAUAUUAAUACUAGAUGAUUUAGACUACCAAAUUAUUUAAUUAAAUAAACAAGUGAUUCCUUUAUUUUUUUAUUAUUUUCAUUAAAAAUACACUCAAAAAUUAAGUAGGUUCACAAUUUCUAUGCCUUCUUUAAAAUCACAUUAAUAUGUUAGUUCAACUAUUGGAUAUAAAACGUUCAUAAUUUGGGAUCAGUGUUCAACUAUAGGGGGAAACCCAACAUAUUUUAUUAAUUCUUAUUUUAUAUAAAACCUGGGACUCACGAGGCAAUUUUUUUAAGUUUUAAAUAAUUUUAUAGUUUUCGAGCAUCAAAAAUGAACAAAAGAACAACUUCAAUUACUAAGAUAAUUUAAUUACAAAUAUUUAAAGUUAGCGAUUCGGCUUAAUCGUUCAUUUAUUGGUUCCACUACCCUAUUUCCAGUAUACUAUUAGAAUCUCCGUUUUUACUUUGAGUUUUCAAAUAUUCUUUUAAAUGCAGAUAUUCCAUUUCUAACUCCUUCUCAUUUACAUCUUCAUAAUAGAUUUCAACAAAUUCUUUGCAACUUUGUCUCAACUCUUCGGAAUUAAGAGUUUUCAAGCGAGAAAAUAAACCAAAAUAUUAUGUUUUUAUAUGAACUUAAUCGCUGUUUAGAUGAACACCCAAGUUAUCAAUAAUGGGAAUAAAGGUUUUUACUUUGAAUCUUUCUCUUCCAUUCAGUUCGGCGAAGAGCCAUCAUAAAAAGUCAGGCUUGAGUUUCUACGUCUGGUUCUUUGAUAUAGGUCUUUAUAUUCAGAUUCCAGGUUUUUUUGUGUGGCGGCCGAUUCGAAGUAAUCAAAGGAUAAUGCCAAGUUUCCAUAGAAACUUCGGCCAGAACCGACAGACAUGUGUGUUAUAUUAUAAAAGAGGGCAAAAAAUAUAGAAAAUUAUAAGCACAUUACAUUUUUAAUAAAAGCUCACAAAAAAAAGUUAUAUUCAUAAAAGUUUUUGUAUUUUUUCAACAAUAAUCUACCUAGUUUUUCAUUUAAACAACCUAUUUAUAUACAUUUAUGGAUUUUAGGUAAAGGACGAAACCUUUUAAGUCAUAAAAAAGUAUCUGCAAAUGAAACACAUGUAAAGAUUUAUAUUUUUAAUUACCAGUUGUAUCAUUGCUCUCAUAUUUAAUUAAUAAAUUAUCUAAAAAUUGUGUUGGCAGUUCUAUAUUUAACUGAUAUCUAGCCCAUCCUAAAUACCUAAUGUAAACACAGCAACCUACAGUUCUAUACCCCACCAAAAUUAUUGUAGGUACACUGUGAGUAUUUUCCUCGGAAGUCGAGACUGAUAUAAUGUUAUCAUUACAGUGCUCCAGAGCAUGAAUUGGCAAUUCUUGAGAAGAUUUAUCUGGAACACUUGGUGUAGAACUUGCAGAUGAUGUAGAUGGUGCAGUAUAAUUUACAGUUAAACUAUUACACCUUUGCCAACAAGAGUGACAAAUUCUGUCUGAUGAUCGGAGCUGAAAAGAAAUAAAUCAUUAGAAAUAUUGUUACAUAAUCAUUUUUUCAAUGUGUAUAGCAUUUAUUCUAGAUAAGACAUGGUUUAGAUUUUAAUUUCGACCCAGGUAAAAACCCAAUCA